GUGAAUAUCGCUUGUCGGGCGCUGCUAACACUGGGAUAUUACUGCAAUUCUGCGCUUCUGGGUCAUGUGUGAUCUGACAAUCUGAGGAAGCAUCCGCCGCUCCACAACUUUAUAAGCCCAGGAUGGGGUGUUUUUCUGGGAGAUGUGUUCUGCUAGUACUCGGUUGUUUGAUGUUGGAUCCUGUGACAGCUCAGAAAGUGUGCGCUGGGACAAUGAAUGGUCUCAGUGUGAGUGGGGACAGCGUGUAUCAGCAUCAGACACUGAAGAAUAUGUACACCAAUUGCCAGAUUGUGAUGGGCAACUUAGAGAUUGUUCUGAUCGAUGACCUUCAAGACUUGUCCUUUCUGAGGUCCGUACGUGAGGUGACUGGUCAUGUCCUGAUCGCCGUGAAUAUUUUCCAGUACCUCCCUCUGGAAAAUCUGAGAGUUAUUAGAGGAACCAACCUGUAUGAUGGCAAGUAUGCUCUAUACAUGGUGCUCAACAAUCAAGUUAACGGCACACAAGGCAUUCGGCAACUUGGCUUCCAUAAGCUGACAGAGAUCUUGGCUGGUGGAGUUCACAUUACAAAGAAUGAGCACCUCUGUUACGCUGACACAAUUGACUGGAAAGAUAUCAUACGAGAGCCUAAAGCAGAGAUUGAGAUCACAGAAAACUCCAAGAACUGUAAACCCUGUGAUUCAUCUUGUGGGGGGAACUGUUGGGGAUACAAACCAGAUGACUGCCAAAAAUUGACAAAGACCAUUUGUGCAGAGCAGUGUAACGGGCGUUGCUUUGGCAAAAACCCCAAUGAGUGCUGUCAUGAUGAAUGUGUUGGGGGCUGCAGUGGACCAUUAGACACUCAGUGCUUUGCAUGUCGUCACUUUAAUGAUAGUGGAGCUUGCGUACCACAUUGUCCCCAGCCAUUUAUUUACAACAAGCUGACCUUCCAAUUAGAACCCAAUCCUAAUGCCAAAUACCAGUACGGAGGCUCCUGUAUUAAGAGUUGCCCACAAAACCUCUGGGAUACAUUGUUUCCAAUGCAGCAAAGGAUUCUGGAUAACUUUGUGGUUGACCGAAGCUCCUGUGUCCGUGCUUGUCCUAACAACAAGAUGGAAGUGGAUAAGAAUGGUGUGAAGAUGUGUGAGCCCUGUGCAGGGCUGUGCCCUAAAGCCUGUGAAGGGACAGGACUUGGCAGUAAAUAUCAGACGGUGGAUUCCAGCAACAUUGAUAUGUUCAUUAACUGCACCAAAAUUCUGGGCAACUUGGAUUUCCUCACCAUUGGAUUUGAAGGGGAUCUGUGGAAGAAUAUCUCUGCUUUGGAUCCCAAGAAAUUAAGCGUCUUCAGUACUGUGCAGGAAAUUGCAGGAUAUUUAAACAUUCAGUCCUGGCCAAAACACAUGAAUGACUUCAGCGUUUUCUCUAACCUGACAACUAUUGGUGGCAGAACGCUUUAUAACCGCGGCUUCUCAUUGCUAGUAAUGAAGAAUAAGAAUGUGACCUCUCUUGGGUUCCGCUCCCUGCGAGAGAUCAGUGCCGGAAAAGUUUACAUUACAGAAAAUCUAAAUCUCUGCUACUAUCACACUAUAAACUGGACAUCUUUGUUUCCAACUCGCCGGCAGAGCUGCGAAAUUAAGAGCAACAAGCCUGUUGCCAAUUGUGUGCGGGAAGAACAAAUAUGUGAUCCUCUCUGCUCGUCCUCUGGUUGCUGGGGUCCGGGGCCUGACCACUGUUUAUCAUGCAAGAACUACAGCCGAGCUGGUAUUUGUGUGUCGUCCUGCAACUUUUAUAGUGGAGAUGAAAGGGAAUUUUCCACAGAAAAAGUGUGUUAUCUGUGUCAUGCAGAGUGCCUUAAACUAGACGGAGGACUAACUUGCAAUGGCACAGGACCUGAUGGCUGUGUGCAGUGUGCCAACUACCGUGAUGGGCAGCACUGUGUUAGUGAGUGUCCCAAUGGGAUCCUGGGAGACGAAGAACCUAUCUUUAAGUACCCAGAUGCCAACAAGAACUGCCAGCCAUGUCAUGAGAACUGCACACAAGGGUGCAUAGGGCCUGGAUUGCAGAAUUGUGCGAAUAUGGCCCUUCGAGCAGACGAAAGCAAGACCUACACAGUGGUGGCCGUUGGAGUAGUAGUGUCAUUCAUCUUACUUUGUGUCGUCACACUUCUUGUUAUGCUUUAUUGGAGAGGACUGAAAAUCCGCAAGAAGCGAGCUAUGCGGCGGUACCUGGAAAGACAAGAGUGCACUGCAGAGAUGUUGGAAGCAUCCGAAAAAGCUAACACCGUGCAGGCGCGGAUAUUCAAAGACACUGAGCUGAAGAAACUGAAGAUCCUGGGCUCCGGAGUGUUUGGUACUGUGCACAAGGGUAUUUGGAUACCUGAUGGAGAUUCAGUUAAGAUCCCUGUCAGUAUCAAGGUGAUACAAGAUCGCGGUGGACGUCAAACAUUCCACGCGGUUACUGAUCACAUGCUGGCAAUGGGGAGCUUGGACCACGCCUACAUUGUGCGCUUGCUGGGAAUAUGUCCAGGUUCUCAGUUACAACUGGUCACCCAGUUCCUACCAAUGGGCUCAUUGCUACAACACGUGCAGAAGAACAAGGACACCGGCUCCAUCAAUCCCCAGUUACUGCUUAACUGGUGUGUGCAGAUUGCUAAGGGGAUGUAUUAUUUGGAGGAACAUCGUAUGGUUCACAGGAAUCUCUCUGCUCGGAACAUUCUCAUGAAAUCGGUCAAUCAUGUGCAGGUGUCUGACUUUGGUGUGGCUGAUCUGCUGUACCCAGAUGACAAAAAAUAUUGCUACAACGAGAUCAAGACCCCAGUUAAAUGGAUGGCUCUAGAGAGUAUACACUUUGGCAAAUACACUCAUCAGAGUGAUGUAUGGAGCUAUGGGGUUACUCUGUGGGAGAUGAUGACAUUUGGUGAAGAGCCAUAUGCUGGUAUCCGACUUUCAGAAGUGCCCAGCCUCUUGGAGAAAGGGGAUCGUCUCUCUCAACCUCAUAUCUGUACCAUUGAUGUCUACAUGGUUAUGGUAAAAUGUUGGAUGAUAGAUGAAAAUAUCCGCCCAACAUUCAAGGAACUAGGCAAUGAAUUCACACGCAUGGCCCGGGAUCCUCCUCGCUACCUGGUUAUAAAGAGGGACAGUGAUGCCGUGCAAUCCCCUCUUCUUGGGGAACAGCAGCCUCUAACUGAGAAAGAGGUGCAGGACCUUGAAUCUGACAUGGAAACUGACCUGGAGUUAGAUGAGAUUGACUCCCAUCCCAAGUCUCCAAGCACCCUCUAUGCAUCCCGAAACAGGAUUGACUACUCUAGGAGUCAGAGUGUACUAAGCAAUAUUGCUGGAUAUCUACCCAUGAAUCAGAACAUUGUCAACGGAUCUCGAAAGAGCUCACUGCAUCGUCCUGACCCCAGCAUUAGUAGGGGACCAAGAAGGAGAGAGGACUCAUGUGGCCGAACAGUAUCAGAGUCAUCAGAGGGGUGCUGCACCUCCUCCGAUCUGGAGACACCAGAGGACAUCUCAUAUAUGGGUGGUAGCCUUAGACGCACCCCCCGCUCCCGGCUGGACAGUGCAUAUAGGUCCCACAGAGAGAGCCUUGUCACAACCAACCCCGAUGAGGACAGCGAGUAUAUCAUGCCAGACCUAAGCCAAGGAGACAUCUCACGGGAUGGGACCCUUAAAUCAGAAAUAUCUGGUUCACUGACUCCAUGCCUACACCAUACAAGCGAAGAGGAGGAAGAGGAGUAUGAAUACAUGAACAGGAGGAAGCAAACAAGCACAACACCACCUGAUAGGCUGGAAUAUGAGUACAUGGAUAUCCGGAGUGCCGGAGGUACAAAGAGUGAACUCAAAACCCCUUCUCCAGAUGAAGAAGACAAGGACUAUGAAUAUGGAAAUAAAGAGGACUAUGAAUAUAUGAAUGAGCAGAAGAGGUGCAACCGCAGUCAGAGCCUGGGGGACAUAGAUUUAGAGGAGUACACUUACAUGAAUCGUGGGGGAAGAGUGGGUAAGGAAGGCAUCCCAGAGGACAAACAAGGCUAUGAGGACAUGAACUUGGUUUCCAGUCGACCACAGUCACUGGACAAACCUGCAAGAAUCCCACAGACAUGCCACAGAGAGGCUCUACAGAAAAGCUACCUUCAACCUUUACGAGCGCUGGAAGCUAAAGACUCUGCAUUUGAUAACCCAGACUACUGGCACAGUCGCCUAUUUGCGAAAACUGACCUCCAGAGCACAUAACACCCUUGAAGAUAUUAACUGUGUAAAAUCAUCACUUCUAUCUUAGCUAAUAAGGUGGAUUAUAGCAGGACUCAGAGCAUAGACUCAAUAGCUCCUGAAUUUAUUGCUUCAGUUCUCAAAAGAAGCAAGAGAGCACAGCCUAGCUGUCACUAUUAUCUGUGGUAGGAGGAUUGACUCAGGGGCGGAAAUACCAUUGGAUCCGCAGGUGCGGUGGCACCAGGGUCCAAGUGCUGGGGGGGGGCCCAAUGCAUAGAAUAGGCAUGUGCAGAAUAUGUAAAAUCCUAAUGCAGGAAAGCCUUUUUAUUAGUGCAUUUUGGAAGUCCAUCUAUCUAUCCUCAAAAUCAUUAUACAGAGUAUGUAUAAUAUUACUAUUGCUGUCUACUGAGUUAUCUUUGGGGGACCAAAAAAAUGUUGCACCAGGGUCCUCUGAGUGUAGGUCUGCUACUGGAUUGACUUGUUUGGCCAUUGGACAAUUCUGGUUUAGUUUGUACCUUACUAAACUGGAUGCACAGCUUCUCCAUAAGUAAUUGUGGCCCAAGUAGAGUUUAAUGUCUGUAAUACUGUGUAAAGAAAGUUCUUAUUCAGCAACACAGUUUUUUUUCUCUUUGUCUGAGACCAAUUGUGUAAACCAUGCGGACUUAUCACCUAUAUUACUCCCUGGAGGAGCAGCAUAUGUAUAGCAUGGGAAUAUUCACAAUUAUGUGUAGCGCUACCGUAUCAGUGGCACAGCAGAAUACUGCUAUGGUAAUCAAUUCCAUGAAAAAAAUCUUUAUAAGAUUUGUAAUAAAUGAACAAAUUAUUUUAAGGACACAAACAUUUUUAGAACAUAAAUAUUUUUUUUAUGUAUAGGGAAUCCAGAGCCAUAAAGAAAACAGUCUUCUAAAAUGUAAACACCUUAAUUAAAGGUCAGGAAAGUCAUAUAUUGUUGAUUGUCCUGAUAAUCUCCGUCAUUGUAUUUGUGUAAAUAAUCCUGUUUUUUUAGUUAGAGGGGAUGGUCUCUUAGGCCUUACCAGACAAUAUUUAGGAUGAUCAGGAGACCAGCUUUGUGUGCAAUUACAAUCGUUUUUCUACUUUGUACUCAGCACAGUUUCAAGUUUUCUAGCACAAGAUGAUUACCCUCUAAUAAAGCCAUUGGUGUACGCAGAAA